UUCUAGAUGGGUUUUUAGGGGCAACUCCCCCCUCUCCCUCCCGACGACACUUCCGCCCCAGUAAAAUCGAACCAAUAAGGUGGCUCACUCAGUCGGACGCUGCAGAAGCCUAUAACCCUGGGUUGUGGUAAACAUCUCAUAUGUUUUUCCGUGAGAAGGUUGUAAUGUACAGCUUUCUACGGGAUAGGAUGACGAUGGUUUUAUCUGGUGCAAUUUGGUAACGGCCAUCAAAUGUGAUUUUCGUAGGAAUUAAGGACCCUGAUGUUGCUUAAAAUCGUCAGGUUGGUGAUUCCAAGGGAACCAUGUCAACACCACUGUGUCAUCUGCCCAUGUCUGCCAUUUUCUUUCUGCUUGACUCAAAACACCAACAUCCUCCACCACCUGCCAAGUAGUGAUGGGGAGAUCCUGCAGCAAAUCUUGCUAGCUGAAGGCUUUAGAGUCAACGAAACUAGCGGCUUCGAGCUCAGAAUCACAUGCUGGCAGAGCACAAGUGUUUGCGAGAAAAACAGAGGCAGCAACACUGAUAAGCCAAUGCAGAAACCAUAUGGCCAUAUUUUCUCAAUUUUAUUGGGACUGACUUGCAGCCUGAAUGAAAUGUGUAUAUUAUAGUGUCAGAAAUGCAGUGAUUGGACUUUUAAACCUACACUUGUAAAUUCAGCCAGCUCAACAACCACAAAACACAAUGGCUUCCGGUGACCACAAAGAGACAGGGAAUGAACUGGCAGAACACCUUCAAAUGGAUCAUGAGUUAUUGAGUCAAAAUCAGUACCCUGCUGGCAGUAACUUCAAGUCCAAAAGUUUGCCCACUCUAAAUGACUCAGGCCAGCAUAGCAAGGCCUUGUUGACCAAGUCUUUGCAGCAACAGGUGUCAAUAACGGAGGAGAAGAGUACUGAAUUCAUCCAACUCCCACAGAGGAUCAACCUGAACCAACCUUUACCUGAAUCGCCCACCAGGACUAAUGUUAACUAUUCCCCUUCCAGGUCUAGUGUGGUGGGGAUGAGUCUUUCAUUUAACACAGAGACGCAGGUCAGCAAACCCAGGCGUAAAAAUGCCUCAAGACUACCCCUGAUGCGUUUACCCUCUAGGAAAUACAUGAGUGUGAUUCUCGAAGACUCUCGCUGUUUUUUAUGCUGCAUGUGUUACCUGACAUUUAUCCAGUCACUGAUGGUGUCUGGCUACCUUAGCAGUGUCAUCACCACCAUAGAGAAGAGGUACAGCCUCCGGAGCUCUGAGUCUGGUCUGCUCGUCAGCUGCUUUGACAUAGGCAGUCUGCUAGUGGUGGUCUUCAUCAGUUACUUCGGAGGCCGAGGGCAAAGGCCCAGAUGGUUGGCCGUGGGUGCAGUGUUUAUAGCUGUCGGCGCAGCACUCUUCUCCUUGCCUCACUUCAUCUCCCCUCCGUACCAAAUCCUGGAGGUGAACUCCUCACGGGGCAAUGAAGGCCUGUGUAUGAACCACAACGGCAGUGGCAAGGACUUCCUGGAUUUGUCCUCCUGCCCCAGAGACCAAGAGGGUAAUGAACACAACCUGUACGUGGCCCUAUUCAUCAUAGCACAGAUCCUGGUGGGUAUGGGGUCGACACCCAUCUACACCCUGGGACCCACCUACCUGGACGACAACGUCAAGAAAGAGAACGCCUCACUUUAUCUUGCUGUCAUGUAUGUGAUGGGAGCCCUGGGUCCGGCUGCUGGGUACCUGCUAGGAGGAGUUCUCAUCGGCUUCUACGUAGACCCCAAGACUGUGGUCAACAUAGAUCAGAGCGACCCUCGCUUUAUUGGCAACUGGUGGAGCGGAUUCCUGCUCUGUUCUGUCGCUAUGCUGCUGGUCAUCUUCCCCAUGUUCACCUUCCCCAAAAAGCUGCCUCCCAGAAACAAGAAGAAGAAGAAGAGGAAAAAGAUCAGCCUGGACAACGUGUCCAGUGAUGAUGAGAUCACCAAGGAGAAGACCAACAGCAAGAGCCAGACGGUUACAUCAUCCAUGGGCUUUGGGAAAGACAUCAAAGAGCUGCCGAAGGCUGCAGUGAGGAUCCUGAGUAAUGUCACCUUCCUGUUUGUGAGCCUGUCCUACACUGCAGAGAGCGCCAUCGUCACCGCCUUCAUCACCUUCAUACCAAAGUUCAUAGAGUCGCAAUUCGGCAUCCCAGCGUCCAGCGCUAGCAUCUGCACAGGUGUGAUCAUCGUGCCCAGUGCUGGGGUGGGGAUAGUCCUGGGGGGCUACAUCAUUAAGAAGCUGAAGUUGGGAGCCAGAGAGUCGGCCAAGCUGGCCAUGAUCUGUAGUGGGGUCUCUCUGCUCUGCUUCUCUACUCUGUUCAUAGUGGGAUGUGAGAGCAUCAACCUGGGAGGCAUCAACAUUCCAUACACCACCGGUCCUACUCUGACCAUGACCCAUCGUAACCUGACUGGAGGGUGUAACGUGAACUGUGGCUGUAAGAUCCAUGAGUAUGCGCCGGUCUGUGGUUCUGAUGGCAUCACAUACUUUAACCCCUGCCUGGCAGGCUGUAGCAGUGUGGGCAACGACAGCAAAGGAAUCCGGAACUACGCAGACUGUGCGUGUGUCCAGAGCAGACAGGUCAUCACCCCCUCCUCCAACGGCCAGGGCAACCAGCUGCAGCUGGUCAUCGUCAAGACCUACCUGAAUGAGAACGGCUACGCCGUGUCUGGGAAAUGUGACCGCACCUGCAGCACACUCAUCCCCUUCCUCAUCUUCCUCUUCAUCGUCACACUCAUCACCGCCUGCGCUCAGCCCUCCGCCAUUAUCGUCACUCUCAGGUCAGUAGAAGAGCAGGAGAGACCCUUUGCACUUGGGAUGCAGUUUGUUCUCCUCAGGACCCUUGCCUAUAUCCCUACUCCCAUCUACUUUGGGGCGGUGAUCGACACCACCUGUAUGCUGUGGCAGCAGGACUGUGGUGUCCACGGCUCCUGCUGGGAGUACGACGUCACUUCCUUCCGCUUCGUCUACUUCGGCCUGGCUGCCAGCCUCAAGUUCAUUGGCUUCAUCUUCAUCUUCCUCACCUGGUACUCCAUCAAGUACAAGGAAGAGCGUCUGGAGCGCUGGCUGAAACACCUCUCGCCCAUGGACACGGUCAGCGACCUCAUCUGCCACGCAGGGGGUCACAAGGGGCAUGCCCGUACCCGCUCCUGUCCCGUAAAUAUACCACGCAACGAACCUCCCAUCAUCCCCAUCCUCAACAGGGGCCUCAGCAGCCAGAGCUGCCCGGGAAACAGCCUGAAGAGCCUGAAAGCAAUAACUCCGCCGGCCCCUCGCCCUCCCACUCGCUCUCUGGAACAGGUGUCUGCCCGUAUCUGAGUGCUGGGUGUGGUUUCCAACCAUCUCCAGCCCUCCCUGCUAGCCACAGUCUGCAAUGUGUACCUUUCUCAUUCUGGUUCUCACUUGUAUAGUAUUAUAGUGUGUAAACACACACAGGCACUGGAUGUCACUCAAACAGUCAGCGGUUGGUCAAACACGUAUACAGGAAGACACUGGGAUGGGUACCUCGACUUAGCUAAUCUCCUCUUCCUUCUGCCUAGUAUGUUAGUUAGCUUUUUUUGUUUUCAUCAUGGAAGUGAAUGUUUAUUUCCCUGUAUAUCAUUUCUUUAGAAAAUUGCAAGUGUGAUCUUAAUGAUGGUAUUAUUGGAUGGUGCUAUGUGAAAAUGGCAUGAAUAAUAUCCUUCAUUGCUCAGUUUUAUUGUUAAUUCUGAGACCUCAGCAGGAUGUGGUAAGAAGCUUGGCUGGCUAGCACAACUAAAUCCUGUACUAUGCAAGGUCUCUUUGCCCUAUUAUACAAUGGCUAGCAGUAUUAAAGGCACACAGUGAGUGUUGCCUUCCUUUCCCAUACAAUGUGCAAACGUCAUUCCGCAUUGUCCCAUACCUGCGUGUAAUGAUGACUGGUUGACUUGGAAAGGAUAUUAUUGAAACAUUUGGAAUUGGUACUUCUUCUCCUGUAUUCUGUGGCAACUUCAUAGACAGGCCCACAAAUACUUCCCUUGCCGUAGUUGUAGUUCAGACAGUUGGCUUGCAUCCUAAAUGGUUCCCUAAUACCUAUAUAGUGCAAUACAUUUGACAAGUGUUCAUAUACCUUUGGUCAAAAGUAGUGCACUACAUGGGGAAUAGGGUGCCAUUUGGCAUGCUUACAAUGUUUUAACCAACCAGACCCCCUGCUGGCUCUGGUGGAGAAGUCCAGACCAUUGCUGCUGGUGCCAAGAGACUGCUGUGCUUCCCAUGAUCAGCUAAACCACACACCACUCUUUCACAUAAGUUGUCAGUAUUUUAGUGGCCUGUCAGACUUCACCUCACUUUUGAGCAAAGCCUAGGAGUCUGAGGCUAUCAGUUUAGUUCAGUCUGUCUGUACCACACCAAGCAUGAGUAAAAGGUAUGGAUGUAUAAAUGUAAUGCAUAUACCAGUAGCGCAACUGCUCCCAUGUACUGUGUAACCGAGCCACAUUAUCAUUUUUAAACAAUACUCUUUAGGGAAUUAGUAUAAAGUUCAACUACUCAGUAUGUCUACCAUACAGCAUGUGCUACUGAACCACUGUCGGUGAUAUCAAUCAUGGCUUCUGAGGUUGUUUCAUCUUUUGGUGUAACCCUUUUUUACUAACUCAAACUAAGUCAGACUAAUUGUUUAAACGGUGCAAAGUCGAGCUUAGGGCUGUGAGUUACUAAACUCCCACAGCUCAGUAAUCAAUAAGAUUACAUGGAUGGGGGGGGGGCUGAUUCUAGAUCACCACUUCUACUUUAAGACUUGAUACAGAAAGCCCAUGAGCUGAUUGUUGAAACAUUCAGGUAGCUUGUGGGUGUAACAUGCAAUAUUCAAGUACGUAUUGCUGUUAGUUUUGCAGGGUGUUUGAGGACACCUGCUGGUCAGAUGUAGUAAGCAAUAUUGUAGAAAGACUAAUUAAACUAGUGUUCUCCAAAGUGAAAUAACUAGGCAAUUAUUUGGUGGAAUAAUCAAAAUGUUCAGUUCAAUCUAACACUUUAAUGUUGGAAGUUUAAAUUGUGUUUUUCUAUGUACCUAUGUUGAGUUUGGGCAGUUGGGACAGCACUUACAUGAUACAAUGUGGCAGUUGGGACAGCACUUACAUGAUACAAUGUGGCAGUUGGGUUAGAGUUAAAGCAUUAAAAGCUCUGAUUUGAGUGGCCUUUGGGAUAUUAUACUGAACUAAAAUAUAAACGCAACAAAUUAAAAUCAGAUUUAGUCACAUACUUACGAGCCCUUAACCAACAAUGCAAUUCAAGAAAUGGAGUUAAGAAAAUAUUAAGUAAAAAAAAAAAUAAAAACAUGCAACAAUUUCAACGAUCUUACUGAGUUACAGUUCAUAUAAG